AUGUCUUCAGACUAUUACCAUAUACACUGUUUCGAGAAAAUUGCGAAUUUUUCCGAAGCAGACUUCCUAGAUCGAAUUCAGCCAUUGACCCGCAGCACCUGGAAGUUUCGGAGCCUUAAGGCGGAUCGUGUUCUAAGAGGCAACUACCUUGUACCCGGAGGAGUCGAACGACUCGUUCUGGAAUGGAAAGUGACUCAUGGAAAAUGGAUGGAUAAGCGCAAUGCUGUCUACGAUAAAUCGGAUCGUCUGAGUGCGGACUUUGAAGCUUUGCUAUGUAAGGCAGGGUCCGCAGAAUACCGUAAUCUGGCGAGACCGGAAGGCAUGUUAUUGAUCAAGUACAAGAAUCUCCUUACGUAUCUCGCACCGUACGAGAGUGAUGGGCCUGGCGAUUCGCAAGAGUGGAAUUUGUUUGCAAUCUACCUCGAUUCGACGCCAGAAGCCCUAGAUAAUCCUCACACUUUAAGCAUCAUGCUCCAGCGCUGGCAGAAUGACGCAGCCCUGGCUGGCAAAGAGGAACAUGAACUGGAUGAGGCUGGCAAGGAAGCCAGACGUCAGCUUGGCGAUAAGGCGGUUAGAGCCCUUUAA